CGCAACUUGGACGGCGCGCCCGCAGCGUGGGCGCCCCUCGGGGCCGAGCCUCCCAUGGCUUCUUCGUAGCGCCGGAGACUCGGGGGCGCCGCCGUCGCCAUGAACGUGGUGGGGGGCUACCAGGGCCACCCCCAUCCCCACCACCACCCGCACCACGGCGCGCUGCUCCACCCCCACCACCCGCACCACGAGCCGUUCCUCUUCGGGCCGCCCGCGCCGCCGCCUCCGCCGGCCCCCGGCCGAUGUUUCCCGCCGGCCGAGCGGCCCUUCGCGCAGGGCUGGUUGCUCAGCGCAGCCUCCGACCUCUCCCCGCCGCCUCCGCCUCCUCCCGAGUUGGUGUGCGCGGCAGCUGCGGCAGCGGCUGCAGCGGCCGCCGGGCUGGGCUCGUCGGCUUCGCCCGCCUCGUCGUACGGCGGCAGCCCGUCGGAGCUGGGCGGGCGGCUGAGCGCGGCGCGCCGUCGGGGUGCGUCUUCGUCGUCGGCGCCCGGAGCGCCUCGCAAGGAGCGCCGCCGCACCGAGAGCCUGAACAGCGCCUUCGCCGAGCUGCGCGAGUGCAUCCCCAACGUGCCGGCCGACACCAAGCUAUCCAAGAUCAAGACGCUGCGCCUGGCCACCAGCUACAUCGCCUACCUCAUGGAGGUGCUGGCCAAGGACGGGCCGGCCGCCGAGGGCUUCAAGGCCGAGCUCAAGAAGGCCGAGCCCCGCGACGCCGCCAAGAGGAAGCGCGAGCAGCCGCAGACCGAGGGCUAUUCUCACGCUCUAGGCCACGGAGAAAAACGGCUUAAGGGCAGGACUGGCUGGCCUCAGCAGGUCUGGGCGCUGGAACUCAAUCAAUGAAUGAAACCAGGAACCGUUUCCAGAGAACCGGCUCCACCGAGGUGGCUGGGAGGAGGACUGCGCGCGCGCCCAGGAUGGGGGACCCUGUUCUCCCUGGUUGGUCUCUGCCCCAUCCCUCGCGCACCCCAAAUCCCCAACACUCAGAAGGAGAGAGAGAGAGAGAGAGAAAUCUUCCGCGACCCGCUUUUUUGUUUGUUU